UUUCUCUUGUUUUUUCUCUCCCUCCUCUUCCACCUAGAGGCCGAGGGCUGGCAUUCGGUGCAAAAAAGCCGAAACGUCAGCCCUGCUGCGGGUUCCUGCUCCAGCGGAUCAGCGCUUGGACUGAGAGUAGCUGAAGGGAAAGCGACAGCAGCGGGGAAGGUCUCGGCAUGACCGCGUCCAUGAGGGAGAGGUUCGACAAGUUCCUGCGCCAGAAGAACUGCCUGACCGAUGUGCUGGAGAAAAUUGAGAGCAAGACCGGCGUGAGCAGGUCCUACGUCGCCAUCGCCAUUAUUGCUGUGCUGGCUAUUUACCUGGUUAUUGGCUAUGGAGCAUCAUUGCUGUGCAACCUGAUAGGAUUUGCUUAUCCUGCAUACAUCUCCAUCAAAGCCAUUGAAAGCCCUAACAAAGAUGAUGAUACACAGUGGCUGACCUACUGGGUAGUGUAUGGAAUCUUCAGCAUAGCAGAAUUUUUCUCAGACAUCUUUCUCUCCUGGUUCCCAUUCUACUACAUGAUGAAGUGUGGUUUUCUGGUGUGGUGUAUGGCCCCAAGUCCUUCAAAUGGAGCAGAGUUCCUUUACCACAGAAUUAUCCGCCCUUUCUUCUUGAAGCAUGAGGUUCAAUUGGAUAAUGUAAUGAAGGAGUUAAAAGAAAAAGCUGGAGAGACAGCAGACACCAUUACUAAAGAAGCUAAAAAAGCAACAAUAAAUUUACUGGGUGAUGAGAAGAAGAGCACCUAAAGUAAUUAACUGGAAGAAAUUUCUCCUUAUCACUUCCUUUAUACAGUGCGAUGUUUCUGGGGACUGUGAUAUAGUAAUUUGAAUAAUGUUGCCUUGUAAACUUUUUUGGUUUUAUUAAAAGAAUGUAUUGUAGUAUUGCUUGCUCUUUUUGCAGUUCCCUGUAUUGAAAGUAAGCAUUUUUAUUUAAUGUCAAUGCAGUGGAUGGCAUCUAAAGCUUAUACAGUUCCUGGGCAGAAAGAAGAUUUUCAGUAAUGUCUUGUCUUGCCUUUCAUGUAAUCUUCAAAUAAAAUAUGCCCCAGGUUCUGAACAUUACACUAUUUGUGCAUGCAACAGCAGUAUGUACAAAUUUUAUUUCAUAUUUGACUAGUUCUUGCUAUAACAUAGUUCAAUAUUGAAAUGUAAUGAUAGUGCUAUGGUGUGUGUGGUUUUGUAUAUAAGGGAAACCUUUACCUUUACCUAAGGAAUAAUUAGUUAGCCAUGUGUUACUGUGUAUCUCCCUUCACACAAACCUCCAAUUACUUACAAUGUUGUGAAGAAUAAAGUGAGAUGACAGUGCUGAAAAUGGAUUUUCUGCUUGUGGUACAGAUUGACUGUAACUUGCAAUAUCUGGUCUAGUAUAUGUAUAUCUUAGGCAUUCUCUUUAGACACUGAAAAAUGAGCACUUAGGCCAAAAAUUAUUUAACAUCAUUAUAUUGGAAAGUCUGCUAGCACCUUUUCUGACUAACACAUUUUCAGUCACUUCAUCAGAUGCAGAGAGUGCAGCUCACAAAAAUUUAUGUCUUUUAAUAAAAUCUGUUACUCAGAAAACAUGUUACCAGUCCUGAAUUUUUGCUAACGCAUAGACUAACAUGGCUGUCCUCCUACAAUGUUACCAGGGUUAUGUAACUGAACAACUGGCGUAGAAAGAAAUUUUCCCCUUCCCCAUUGGCACUCUAUCCUGCUUCACUAAACUUCAAUCCUGUAAUGGUUUUUUAUAGUGAUGGUGUUAUAUGCGAGCAGUCCCAGCUGAUGCAUGCUCAUAAUUUAUAAAAUGAUUUUUUUAGAGCUUCUAUUGCGUUCUUUGUCAGGUUUUAACUUAUGGCACCAUCAGAUUUUACUUGGCCCUUAUGUGCUAUUCAUUCUAUCGGCUUUGCAGUGUUUUGGUCUUUAUUUGUUAAUUUAAAAAUGUACAGGUAGUCCUUGACUUAUAACAAUUCAUUCAGUGACCGAAGUUAUGGCGGUGCUGAAUGAAGGGACUUAUGACCGGUCCCCGAAGUUAUAGCUGUUGCAGUGCCCCUGUGGUCACAUGAUCAAAAUUUGGGCUCUUGACAGCUUGCCUGCACUUACGACCUCAGGGGUGCUUCAGCUCCUCCCACUCACCUAUCUCCCCUCAUCUAUGCCCUUUUGACCCCCUGCCAUCCCAGCUAACCUUCACUGUCGUCUUGCUCCCGCUGCUGACGAGGCUGGCCUGGCCUGGCCCUUUGUGAGGCAGCUGCUGGCAGUAUGAGGCUUUCUUCUCCAGGUCACGGAUGGCGGUUUCCUUGCGAGACCUGGGGAAGAUGGCCUCACAUGGCCAGCAACUGCCUUGUAAAGGGCCAGGCCAGGCAUGCCUCGUCAGCAGUGGGAGCAAGAAGAUGGCGAAGGUUGGCUGGGACAGCAGAGCUCAGGGCAGCAGGAGCCUUGGAGUGCAGGGUUGUGAGGUCAGCUGGGACUGGGCUGGGGCAGCUGAGGCUUCUUGCAACCCUAGAGCCACAGCAUACCAAGAGGCCCCUGAACCACAGUGUGGCAAGCAGCCCCAGAGCUGCACGGUUCUUGGCACGAAGAGCCAGGCCAGGCACGCCUUGUCAGCAGUGGGAGCCAGCAGUGGGAGCAGCUUGCUGCCCCGCAAGGCAGGGUGCAGGGCAUCCAAAAGGGCAGAGAUGUGGGGGGAGUUAGUCAGGUUGGGGGAGUUGGAGGCAGUCUCUUACCUUACUGAGGCUUGGGGCUGGGAGGGACCAAGCCUGGAAUGGCUUGGAUUGGGGUGGUUCCUUGGCUAAUGACUAGUGGAAUUCGCUUAAUGAUGGCAACAGGGAUCGCUGGGAUUGCCAUCAUUAGGCAAUGUGGCCAUGUGAUGUCGCACUUUACAACUGCAUCAUUUAGUGACAGAAAUUCUGGUCCCAAUUGUCAUAAGUCGAGGACCACCUAUAUAGCAGCAUAAAGAGGGAACAGUGUGAUGCUUAUGAAGGAAAGCAAGUGGCCUGCCACAUCUCAUAUACAAACGUUUCUUUUUCUCAAAUGCACUGGCCUAGUUCCCACAAAAAGCUAAACCAUCAGUUCUCUAUUGCUGGCUAUGCAGAAAUUCAGACAUUGCAGUUGAAUGUUACAGGCAAACCAGGAAAACAUGAUUUAACAAACUACGAUUUAAAAAAUCCUGGUCUAGCAUUUGUGAGUUUACCUAGUAUUGUUGAAGUGGAUUUGUUUAAAGGAAAAAAGUAUGAGUUGCCUAUAUUAGCGCUCUGAUUUCAAUUUGUAUUCAUUUCUACUCUGUUUAAUUUAACUAUUAAUGAUUUUAGUGAUGUUUUAAAAUGUGUUUCUUCAGCAAAGAUACUGCAGUGAUGUGUCUGAAUCCCUUCUCUCUGUAAGACUGAUGAUGUUCAAUCUCACUGGUAGUGAGAGAUACUGCCCUGCUUGUCUUCCUAUAAACUGAGUGAAACAUUGAACUACCUGGACUAAUAUCCAUUGGUGUAUCUAGUAGGAAUUAAUUCUCCAAUAGCUUGCGGGUUUCCCAAUACCAAUAGUAUAGAACAGUGUUUCUCAACCUUGGUAACUUUAAGCUGUAUGGACUUCAACUCCCAGAAUUCCCCAGCCAGCAUGCUGGCUGGGGAAUUCUGGCAGUUGAAGCCCAUAUAACUUAAAGUUGCCAGGGUUGAGAAACACUGGUAUAGAAGAACCUCUUAAACACAUAUGUUGAAGGGUAGUAGGGGUGUUGUUGUUUUAAAUUCAUUUGCAUUGUAGAGAUGUAGAAAAGAACAAAGGAGAGGCUGACAUAUCUUAUGCCCUAGUAUCUUACAAGUAAAAUUGCCUUCAUAGAAAUAUCCAUAGACUUUUCUUGGCAACAAUAUAUAAGUGUUUUGUUGUCACUUUCUGGAUUUUUUUAAAACUUUCCAAUCUAGACUGCAACUUUUAGAUUCCUGGUAUCUCCCUAACCAGGUUUUAUUCUGCUAACCAUUGAGGUGAGAGAACAUCAGCUACAUGCUGGCCCCUGGUCAGGUACCACAGCAUCUUACUGAAACCUAAAUCCUGUCACCUCCUCUAGUAUAAACAAUGUAUUCUAACAAGCACACAAAAUGUGGUCUAUAUACGAUUGUUUCAUGUAAAAUGAGAAAAUAUAUGGCACUAAAACCACAUGCGGUAUUGUUUCCAAAAACUAUUUGCUAUGUAUAUUUCUUUAUUAAGUUCCUUCUGAAAAAAUCCACAUCAUGCUUGCAGUCUUCUGGAAAAUACAGUACAAUAGAAUUGUGUAAGUCCAACCAGGCCAGGUGGAAAGUUUCACACUGCCCUAAGAAAGUCAAUCUGCAAGGGACCAAGAAAAUGUCAACAUAUUACCUAGGGAACAGGCUUGUAUGCUUGACCCUUUAUUUCUUUUGUAAUUUUAUGCCCUUGGUGUAACUUUUUGUGUAAGUGGAUAUUAUUGAAUGGUGUAAGUUGAUAUAGAAAGAUGUAGCAGCCUAAAGUAAAUUCAGAUUAAAGUCAGCACCAUAAAAGUGAGUCUCUGUGGCUCAUUAACUGCUGAAGCAAGUAUCUUCAUAGUUAUAAGCUACAGUAGAAAUGAGUCAUAAUCUUUCAGCCUACUAAACUAAGUCUGAGGAAAUGCUGAAGCCAAAAAUACGACUUUCCAGUUUUGAUUUUGGUGAAAGGCUGGAGCAAAUUGAUAAACCAAGUCACUACUUUUCACAUGAAGAAAACAACAUUGCUAUCAGUUUCUAUAAAUGUUUACUAUGUAUUGUCAUUAUAGCUAGAAAUUUUUAAUAGAUUCUUGUAUUUUCCCCAUAUCCAACCAGUUACUUAUAACUACAUGAAACAUUGAUGGUGCAUCUUUCUGUAUCAAUUUAGAGAUGCUGAUUAUCUUAAGUAAUGUUAUGGAAGAAGUUUAAA